AGCAUGUUCAACAAACGUUUACAAAACAUCUACUCGUUUAUCGAUUUAACCUGUGGCCAUAAUAUAAGUGUUUCCCGAGCCUCCUUAACGUCGCAUGACUUUUGCGACGUUCAAUCUAAUCAGGAUUUUUGAAAAUGUGCAUAUAAGGUGCUCGCUGUGUGUAUGCAGAGGGGGUGGGUGUAUUCUAAUAACUGAGUGUAAUGUGCUGCCAUCAACAGGAGAGACAGUGUCUGGCAACGAAAACGCACUGCCUGACGUCGCAGCACGGGCGUGGACCCGUGGCGCCCUGGCGGGUGCAUCGUGGAAGGCUGGCAAGCUUGAGCUUUGGUUAAGCAAGGAUAGUGGGAGGAGUGGAGGAUGAAAGUACCAAAGAUCCGCUCCGACGGAAAACUAGUCGCGGGGAUGCACAGAUAUUUUCUGGCAAGCUUCGCCACCAAUGGAAAGUUGACCUCGUGCUGCCUCCACCAUACGUGAGGAUCCUCCUCAGGAUCCAGGUCAGCUGUCUGCAGGUACAUGUAGCUGGACAAACUCUUCUUGGCUUGCUUGGCUGUCGGGGGCUCCAGUUCCUCUGCAGAUGGUGCCAGGAUGGAGAUUGCUGGUGCUGCUGUUUCUAUUUCGGCAGAAGCUCUCGUCUUCGUGAGGUCGACUCUCUCCUCUUUAAUGUAAGCCGCUUUAAAUCGCGGAUCCAGGAGUGUAGCCAUGUCGAGCAACUUUUCAGUGGCACCGUCGGCAUAUCUGUCAUUCAGAUAGUUGAUAGUUCAAACAAAGGAAGAUUAAUUUGACUCAAUUAUUGUAAGUGACUCAAUUAGUUUUUAUUGCUAAGAGUAAAAUUGUUAUCAAUAAUAAUAUUGUUUGUGUUGUUGCGCUUUUGGUGUAUAAAUAGCUGUUACUUCUUUUAACACAAAAGUGUUAUUCGUCAACCAGUCGAUAGGGUUUCCCAUUAUGUAUAAGCAUUAAGCUAGUAGAUUUAAGGAACCGUUAUCUUGUUUUAUUUCAAAUAGGUAAUGUACAUUUAUCCCUUUGUUUUCUUUAUUGAGCAUCUUGGAGCCUUUUUUUAUUUUUUAAAUAUUGUGAAGUGAGUUGAGUCGCGUUCACUGUCGCCACACAGUGCUCAUUGUAUCAUUUUUUUGCUCUCAAGUAAAAGCAAAAUAAAAAUCACACUCACUUAAAUCUCAUAAGUAGUGUCACAUGUAUUUCAAGGCAUCUCUGUAUAUAGCAAUGACUAUUACACAGUUACAGCAGUUUUCUUUACUGUCCAAGUGCCAUAUGUUCAGCUACUUUUCGUUUCCAGGGAUGAGAAGUGAUUGGUCCAGAGUGUGUUUGUAGCUCCAGCCUGGAAGGUAUUUCCUGAUUGGUUGCUGUGAGCAGCGAGGGUCACUGUGGAGAUCCUGCUCAUACAAGUGUGGUCUUUCAGUGGUUGGGAACAGUACUUCGUUUUCAUCUCACUUUCAUGUGGAGCCCCUGAGGCAGAAGGACCUGCUGUGACUUAGGGCUGCAAUGGCUAUGCCCUGGUUUUACUGCCUGCAUGUAGCUUUUCUUUGUCUCCUACUUGGAGCUGAUUGCUUUCAGUCGUCUGAUCUCUGUGAUUCAAGUUGUGCAGCGUUCCCUACCACUGAUGUGUCCUAUCAGAAAGGGAUGAGGUAUACUUACAGGUAUAAAACGGCAAUCACCACAUCCCUCCAUGGAUCAAAUGCCGGCAGAAAUGGACUGGUACUGGACUGUGUGGUUGAUAUUGAUGCCAUCUCCGAAUGCCAUCUAAGGAUGCAGAUAAGAAAUCCACAGAUAAAGAGACUUUCCCCUCAGAAAGAACACUCUGUGCCUCGGUUAAAAAGCUUAAGAGAGUCGCUGGAGAGAACACCCCUGACAUUCUCCCUCCAGGGGGGAAAGGUCUUUACGCUAUGUAUCCAGGAGGGGGAGCAGAUGUGGACGUUGAACAUUAAAAGAGCAUUUCUGAGCAUGCUCCAGACCUCCCACACAGAAUCUAAACAUUUGGAAACAGAGACGGAUGUGCAUGGAACGUGCACUAGCUUGUAUGAAAGGCGAGGGCGAUUACUGUUGAAAAUCAGGUUUCUGAACCAGUGUCAACAAUCAAGACUGGCACAAUUCUGGGCUCAUUCAGUACCUCUAACAGGGGACACGUCAGUGCAGUCAGAGCUGCGCUGUAUCCAGGCCUUUGGCUCUGCAGUUAUGGAAGAGGUCAACUGUACCGAAACUGUAUCCAUAGCAACGUGGUCUAAGACUGCAGGACAAGUGAAGACGCAAACUGAGUCAACUUUGCGGUUGCUCAGAGCACAGCCAGGCAGCGUUUCAGGAGCAGAUUCUUUAGGUUUUGGGACGCAAGCUGACUUGCAGUUUGAGGAUGAAGGAACCGCAAGACUCGGGAAUAUUUUCACUCCUCACCAAAUCAGCCAAACUAUGCGGAUGUUGUGCAGCGUCACGUCCCGUCCGCAAGAGGUAUCACAAUGGUUUCUUCAGUUGACUUUUCAGCUAAGAGAACUGACCCUGCCGCAGCUCAAGACACUUUGGCAGGAAGCGUCUUUCAAGUGCCGCAAUGACUGGCAACCCUUGUUGGAUGCAUUACCUGCUUGUGGCUCAGAAAACUGCAUCACACUAUUGACUGAUCUCAUGAAGGAGAAAGAACUGGACGACGAACAGGCUCGUUCUUUUCUCACCGCCAUGGCCCUCAUCCCUAACCCUUCGCCACAGAUCAUACACUCCCUCAAUACUUUAGUUCAUGUCCAAGAGGUGCGGGACAAAGCUCUGCUGGUUGGAUCGGCCCUGAUCAAUCAACUAUGUCAGCGCUCCAUGACUCCCUGCAUUGAACUUCCUCAGGUACAGGCCUUCAUACAGACACUAGAAGUUGCCUUGAAGGAAUGCUGUCAACCACAAGGUCCUGCAAAAGUGAAAGAGUUUAUUUAUGCAAUGAAAUCUGUGGGUAACAUUGGCCUGGCUGCGUCAACCUUCAUCCCUCUGUUAAAUCACUGUGGACUCACCCGCUCAGCACCUUUGGAGCUGAGACUAGCAGCCAUUAAAGCCUUCAGGCGUUUUCAUUGCUCAACUAAUACGACUUUGCUGUUGCAGCUGUACCGCUCCUCCCUGGAGGAUCCGGAGGUCAGGAUUGCAGCAUACCAGGAGCUCAUGCGCUGCCCAGAUCAAGAUUUGUUCGAAGCGGUGAAGGUGAUCUUGCGAAAUGAAAACUCUAACCAAGUGGGUUCGUUUGUGUGGAGCCACCUCACUAAUAUCCUGCGAAGUGAAGACCCCAUGAAGCAGACCCUCACUGAGUCUCUGCCUCACGACAUAAUCAGCAGAGACUUUGAAGCGGAUUUUUUGAAAUACUCUUCUUAUUCAGACUACACAGUCACAAAUGGCAUAGGAACCACAAAUGUGGAGACAACCGUCAUAUUCUCCCCCAAGUCAUUUCUUCCGAGGUCUACCUCCGCAAACCUUACAGUAUAUUUUCACGGUCGAGCCAGCAACCUUCUAGAAGUUGAUCUUCACAUUGAGAAUGCUGAACCACUUCUGAAGAGCAUUUUGGGUCACAAUAAAGAACCCACUUCUUCGGAUCAAAGGAAUACAGUGUCCAAGGAGGCGAGGAGGACAAGAGGCAAAAUAAAUGGAGCGAAAGACUCAUGUUUGUCCAGCACUAACAGUUAUCUGAAGCAAGCCAGGGGAUUGUUACUCACAAGGAAAAAAAUGAAAGAGGAAGGCCUGAAGUGUUGGCUUAGUGUGAAAGUGUUUGGGCAUGAACUCAGCGUGUUUACGUGCGACGAUCUCUCUGCGCAAAUCGACCUGAUGUCACUUAGUGCAGCGGGACUGGCUGUCAAACUGCUCAAGGGUCAGGAGGUUCAGUUGAAUCACAGGGCAGUGCUGUCGACACAAGAGUUGAUUCUACCGUCUUUGUCGGGCUUACCUGUAAAAAUAGCCACUAAUACGACUUGCUUUCUUUCACUGCGGCUCAAGGGAAACAUCAACUUCAGGGAUACGUCUCAUUUCUCCCUCAGCGGUUACAUUAAACCCAAUGCUUUUGUAGGCUUGUCCGCCAGGAUGGGCGUUGAUGGCACCCUGGGUCGUGCUGCAGUGGACUGGAUGUCUGAACUCGUGAGCUCCACCAGUUUGGAUGGGAGUGUCCACAUGCAGGAGGGGCAAGAUCUCAGAGUCACGCUUAACACGCCGGAAGAUUCCAUGGACGUCAUGUCUCUUAGCUCCCGAGUAUUUCAACUCAGUGGCGAUCACAGAGAGGAGAUUCAAGGUCCAAAGAGUCACAUCCAGCAGACUGCCUGCACACCAAAGACGUGGUCAAAGAUGGUCGGUUGGCAACUUUGCGCCAAUGCAUCCUACCCCACAGCUUUUGGGGGCAUCUCGCUCCCACCCUCAGGUCCCACCCACCUAUCCAUUCGGCUGCUUAAAUUAGACCGAGGUCUCCAUUACUACUUGCUUGAGGCUGCCUACGCAAUGGUCCCACUGGUAGACAACUGGUUUCCCAAAGAAGCUUCUCUGCAUCUCCUCCUGGCUACUCCAAAGUCAUCCAUCCCCAGGGACAUGUCACUCGACCUGGCCUUCAACCCUCGCAGAUUUUUGCUCAGAGUGUCUCAUCCUCUAAAAAGUAUCAUCGUACAAGGGGAACUUGAACAAGAGAGGAGUUCAAAGACGGCAAAACUUGAGAUAGUAAUUGAUGGUCUUCAUUAUUAUGUCAUGGGUGUGGUGGACAAACAGACUCUCAUCUCAGAAUUUAGGACACGCUAUCACUUUGAGGCCAAAAUGGCUGCCAAUAAAAAUCCAAUCAUCCUUUCUGCCAAUGUGACCCGUGGACUGGGCAGGAAGAUGAGUUUUUCAGCCACGGUUAAGAAUGUAUUCAGACUACCUGCGUCACUUUCAGUGGCCCUGGAACGAAGGAGGGACAGCCGCAGCAGACAGUACUCCCUGGAGGCGGAACUUCUCUUACCCAGCAUAGUUGGCUGCAGAAUAUUGGGACUGAUGGAGCAGAAAGGGGUGCUGUGGAGUUCUGCUCUUCGCCUCAAAUAUGGGCUGGGCGACGAUGCCCGGCACCUCCAUCAAGAGUGCCACACAUCCCAGAGUGUCAAGAGUGAGAGGCAUGCUAACCUCACGUACACCAUGAGAGCUGAUCACGAGUUCUACUGUUCCAACACACCUCCUAUCAACCACAAAAUCCACUUCAGGCAUGAAGAAAGCCCCAGCCAUGCGAGAUCAUCUGUGGAUAUGAGCUACGGCAAACACUGGGACGAGAUCAACAACAAACACACCCUCCUUCUGAGCCAGUCCUUUAAAAAUCAGUCGACACAAAAUCACACCAGCUACACAUUCGAGUUUAAUUUACAGGUUCCCGAAAAAGAUUUAAACUACCGCACCCAGCUAUUGCAUUCUUACGUUGGACAGCUUGGCUCUGAGAGCAGCACUCAUCUUAAAAUCAACUACAACAACUUAAUGCCACUUGUUGCUGGUUUACACUGGAAAGGUCCUCCUCAUGAUGCUCUACACAAGAAAUGGGAAGGAACAUUUAAUAUGGACACUCCGUGGCUGUACGUUUACACCACCCAAAAGCUGAGUCGGCACCAUCACCACACGCUGCAGCUCAACUCUGAACUGACACUCAACAAAUGGGUGACCGUCCGGAAUCUCAUCCUGGAGGCUUCCUACAGGGAUAAAGGUCGCGAAAAGGAGGCCCAUCUCAAGCUCCACACUCCAGCUGUGACAUUCUUGCAAGUAGGAGGACUGGGAUUCAUGGGAAAGAAGAAUAUGAAAGCCUCUUGUUCACUCAGCUCACUGUGGACUGCUCCUCUUCGAGGCGACAUCUUUUUGGAAACCAUGAAAUCCGGCCUCGCCCUGCAGAUGUCUUCCAGCUACGGCAAACAAAACAUCACCUUCACAGCUGCACUGAAAACCAUCGACAAGCUUUUGAAAAAACGACAAGCGAUAUUGAGGGUGAGCUUGUCGGAGCCCAAGAGUCGUCCCACUGAUUUUGAGCUUGAAGGGACGUUGGAGGAACUGAAGAAGGACAAGAAGAUGUACCAAAAAACAGCAUUGCUCCAUCUUAAACAACCUUUCAAGUCAUUUCCUCAGAAGCUUCUCCUGAGGGAGACUUUCACCAUGGACCUCAUGAAAGGCCUUUACAUCCUGGAAUCAAGAGCUGGCUUUUAUGGCAAUAAAGAGAUCAUUCACACUCUGACUGUUGGCUUCAAACGAUCAAGCCCUUUUGUUUGCUCUGCACUGAUCCACCCUUUCAACACAGAAACAUUUCCAUCGGACUGUGAGAUCUGUGUUACCAUGUCCAACAACCAAAGCCAGAAAGAAAUUCGAGGAAGGCUGCAGGUCAGCAGCAAAGACAAGUUGAGUUUCUUUGGACAAGUUCUUUUCAAUUCAUUGUACACAAAUCAGCAAGUGAUAAAAGUUCGAGCAAACAUCAACCAUCAGCUCCAGCUGCAAAUCCCCUCAUUUGCUCUGCUGGAGGGGGAUGUAUGCUGGAGCCCCCAAAACAACACAGAAUUUGAUUAUCUAGUUCACGGGAGGCUGAAAAUUGAGCGACAAGAAUGUCAAUUUUCGAUGCAGCUCAACGGAACAUCAGACAAAAUUCAUCUUUAUUCAUCUCUCAAGCAUCCUUUCAAAUCUAAAAUUCCCAAAUCUCUAGGGGCAAAAGCCACUGCUGACAUGUCCAGAGGUAUUAGCUUCAUUCAUGUGGCUGCUGAUGGACAAGACAAGCUGAUGCUGGAUGCCCAGAUCUCUCACUUACUCCUACAGGAGGACAAAUCUGUGCUACUGCGGCUCAAUUUAUCACAGAGUUUGCUGCAUGGUCUCACCGACUUACAUGUCAAAAUGGCUGCAGACACGUCGCCACACAGUGUGUCUCUACACGGUUCCUAUACAGAGGGACGCAACACUCUGUUGGCUCAGGUGAAAUGUUCUCGAAGCAACAACAGUGGUCUUCAGGUCGCAGUGUCGGCGACGCUGAGGCAUUCAAUGACUAACCUCACUAUUCUGCCCUGCAUCCUGGGGGUAGAUGGCAAAAUGGAACUGUCUGACAACAUUACCGAAGGGCAAGUAAGAGUUAGAGUGGAGGAGACUUUUUACAGCAUGAAUCUGAGCCAUCAGGAGGAGAAGGAAGACCUUCCUGGCAGGUUGGAAAAGAAAGUGUCUCCCACCCGUAGCUGGAUGUGUAUUCUGUCGGGGGCAGAGAAUGUCUGUGUGAAUGUGAGUAAGCAAUUGGAGAAAAAAGGAAGGGGUGAGGUCCACAUCCAGCUGUCUCACUCAUCCCAACUACUCAAUACCACAGGGAUUCCUACGAGUAGUAGUGUGCAGGUGAGUUGGGAUCAGGAUGACAGUAGUUUGUCAGCCUUUCUCCAACUGCAGGCUGGAUCUGAGCAUUUAAAAGGUGAGUUGAAUGGUGGCAGGACAAAGCAGCUUGUGCCACGAUGGGAAAUCCUCUCAACAUUGCAGCACAGAGUCAAAGCACUACAGAGAAGAGGCAUACCGAGCUCCAUGCGUGCCGCAGCGCAUUGCGAGAUAGGUACAAUUGGGUUGGACACAAGGCUGGUAUUUCAAAUGGAAGGGAAUAAAACGAUAGAUGCCCUUUUAGUUGUCGGAACAAAAAACAACACCGCUGUAUUCGCAGCAUCCCUCCGGCAAGAGAUAAACUUUCUGCAGGGAAUCAUACCUGCCAUGUUGCAGAUGAACUGCACAGGGGACACGGCCACAGACCAUCUCUCCGCGCGCUGUUAUGGAGACGUGGCGGGUCGCCCAGUGGAGACGCUCCGACCCUCACAGACCUCAAUGAACAUCUCCAUCCAUCGUUCUGGUUCCUCUACAAAUGUCAGCAUUGAUCUCGUAGCUCAAGAGGAACAGAAAGGCAGCAUGAAGUUGUUGCUCACCUUUCAGCCUCGACUUUGUUUGAACACAUCGGUCCAGCACUCUGUGGAGGCAAUACAAGCACUGGGGAUUCCUUUGAAUGGAGCAUUGCUCGUCAGUUUCUCAGCAACACACCCGCCUUUUGUGAAGGUUGGUCUGGAGAUUGGAAAUUGUCACUUCAGUGGCCUUUUGAAUAAGUCUUCGGAAGCAGAGAGCAACAGAUUUUCUUACAGUGUCGAAGUGGCCAACUAUUGCCCAGUCCUAAAGGGAACGCUCGUUCCUGCGACCCUGGUUCUUCACGGGUCUUUGUCAGGGGACCCAUGCAGGCGUAUGAUCAGCUCCUCUCUGAGGGCAGACAAGCAAGAGCUCAAUUUUGAGCUACGGGAUUCCUGCAGCUCCCCGCAUCUCUCUGCAACUCUUACCCACAAUAUGUCAGGGUUGAGGAGCCGAGGUGUUCCUCCGAUGGUCAUCGUUGAGGCCACUGCUCCAGGAGGUGCUGAGCAGACUGGGGCUCUGUUCCUUAAAGCUGGAACUUGUCAGAUAAGAUUUGUUGAGGACCAAGACAGGGCACGGCAGUUCUGGGCUCUGCAGUCGGAUUGCCCAACGUUGCAGACUCAGUUGAACGGAUCAGCAUGGCGGGAGGCUGAUGGUAAAUGGGCAGGCACGGUGGAUGCAAAUUUGGACGGCAAAAAGAGUUUCUUGCACCUUGUUGCACAGGCAUGGCCAGAGUUAAGUGUGGAGGUUGAGUUGAGGCACAAGCUUUCUGCUCUGGGAAAUUUCCCCGAACACACCAAAGUGAUGGUAAUAGGCAAGCUUGGCAAACAACAAUGUGCCGCAGAGGCCCUCUUUCGAUUUGAUGAAUGUGCCGUGAGAGCCAGAGGAUUUGUGAUGUCACGUUCUGGCCUGCAGAGCUCACUUGUGUACCACAACAACUGCAGUGUCAUUCAGGAGUGGGGUAGUCCAGACAUGAUGCAGGCCUCUGGAUCCUUGAUUGUUACCCCAAUUUACGCUGAAUCGCAAGUUUCCAUGGCGAUCGACAAUGCUGAGAUGCAUUCGUUAGUUGCUCUUAAAAAAAACAAGUCACAAAAUGAGGUAACGCUUCAUUUCAACCACUCCGUGCCCCUGUUAAAGAAGCUCGGUCUCACGACUGACACGGAAAUGUCUCUGAGUUCUGGGACUCAUGGCAAUCAGUCAUAUUAUUACAGGAUACACUGCAGAGCACAGAACCAAAAGUUAGAUCAAGAGACAACCAUGGAGAAAGCGCAUCAGACAGUUCUUGUCAAGAGUCAUUUCCAACAUACAGUGAGUUACCUAGAUUCAGUGGGAAUCCCUGGCAACAGCAGUAUCCAGUUGCAGAUUGGGUCCUCUGAGGGGAAGACUCUAACCGUAAAUGCCCGAUUUGGACAUCAGCGAGCAGGACUGAGGCUAAAUAUGAAAUGUUUUCCCAUGAGCAAAGAAAUACAAGCAAUCAUAUGGCAGAGUUCAUCGUGGCUACAGCGAAGAGGAAUACCGCACAAUAUCGAGGGCUUAUGUUCCAUUCAAGGGACAUUGUCCCAGCUUCUGUCCAAGGCGCAGGUUACUGUAGAUGGGCAUAAACUGCUGGACUCUGGUCUGAAUGUGAGCUUGGUUGAUGGACGUCUGGCUGUACUUUUCUCCUACUCUCCCUCGCCUUCAAAUCAAACAUGGAAAUGUUUCAAUCUCAACACUGCAGUGACCAUGCACUUUAAAGGCCCUGUAAGGAGCAUCUCAGCGCUUGCUCAUAAUCAUGAUUGGAGGAUUCGCUUGGUUGGAGAUGUUGCAGGUUGGGGGUUACAGGGAGUGACCAAAGAGGGCAGAGUUACUCUCAAGCACACGAGAGCUGGAGACUCCAGUCCUGCCUUGCAGGUUGAAGCAUGGGGAAGACUGUCUGGGUCACAGCUGAAGUGCUCCAUGGCAGUGAACCCUGAACUCAUGUCCUCACUUGCAAUCAUCAUCCAAGGGCAUCAUCUCCCCAACAGCAAGGACCUGAUGGUGAAGGUGGUCCAGAGUAUUCCCAAAAUGCAGAUCUACUUACCAGCACAACUCAGUUUCCACUCACAGUUCAACCAAUCCCGGUCCGGUGUGGGAGGUUCGGUGGAGGUGCUGUCCGGGAAGAGGCGACUAUGGAGCCUUGGGGAGUUGGCGGUAAUUGACAGUGGAUACAGACAUUGUCUGGAGCUCAAACACUCGUACCCUCAGUUGAAGCUGCUUCCAAGGACUGUUGCACUGAAGACUAUAUAUGAAGCCAGGAACUGGAGUUACCUCGUGCAACACGGAGCCUUGUGGGGAAAGCAGGAGUUCACUUUGUCAGGGCUUUACACAGCACCUCCAUCACCGGAGAGCGGGAAUCGCACCCUAAAAGUUCAGAUCAAGUGCCAGCCUCGUUUGAUCAAUUUGGAGGUAGCACUGGAGCGAUCCUUCCAAGGCCAUCUGGACAGCAUUUCUCUAGACUGGAUGAGACAUGGUCGACUGGAACAGAUCAGAGCUCUCGGUUUGUGGAAUCAAUCUAAGGAGAUGAAUGAGACCAGGUUGGAGCUGAAACAGCCCUUCUCGUCGUUUGCUAGCCAGAUUUCCCUUCACACACUCGCGCACAAUGCUGCACACAGCUUCCAGCAAAUGACCCAGCUGUCAUUGGUCAGUGGAAUGCCAGUCAACGUUUCUAUCAGCCUAAACAAACGAUGGCAGCACAACUCCAGCAAGGGGCAGGCAUGUGCUCAGUUGUCAUCCCAAACGAUGGCGGUGUCUCCUGUCAAGGGUUGUGUCUCACUUAGCCAGGAAGGAAACCUGUUCUCGCAAAAUGCUGAGCUAAGAUGGGGCAACAGGAGUGUAAAACAAGGCAUAAAGUAUCAGAAAGGUGCACGAGGAAUGCACAGCCUCCACGUGAACGUCGGCCUGGACAAGGUGUCUCCUGCACCUUGUCCCUCACAUUCAGUCUUAACUAAAAUCCAAAGCAAUCUCAGAGAUCGCUUUGAAUACACAGUUUUGCUAGCCCUCUGCCCCCCCCAGCCUACUGUGACGUGGUCAGGAUCCCACAGGCUGAACUCCGGAGAGGAGUUGUUUUACACGCAGUCUCGUCUGUCCGUAACGGGACGCCCCAACCUGUGCAGCCUCACCCUCGCCCUGACCAACUCGUCUGCUGCUCAGCGCUCCAAUGUGACUCUCUUUACUGAGUCCAGGAUGGGGAAUUGGAGUGUGGAGGUAGGAGGCAGUGUUUUGUCAUGGCUCCAGGGGUCUGGUCUUCUUGUACGCGCUAGACUGGACCACAGAGAGGAGAUGUGGUUGAAUAGCACAAAGGAGGGAAGAUGCAUUCAAACCACUGCAGGUUAUAAAAACGGUACUGGGCUGAGCGAGAACCUUUCUGUGGUGGCAUGUUUGGGUCACAAUUUGAUGCUGGAUUUACAAAAAAGAGAUGGCAGCAGCCAAGUGGAAACUUUGGCAAGUCUGACUGCGGGAGCAGCCCAUCAAAAAAUGACACUGAGAGCAAGCGGUUGUGUGGAGAGCCUUACUGCAGUUGAGGCACGAAUUCAAGUUGUCAGCUCCCACGUCAGAAAGAAGUUGUUGGAGAGAAUCAAGAUCAUGAAAUAUCUCCUUGCUGAAUUUAGACAACAGUCCAGAGACAGUGAGUUGCUCCAAGAGCUGAGCGCCAUGCCUUUGCUUCUUGCCCAACAAGCCGAGUCCCUUUUGGGACACGGAAGCAAGAGUUCGUCGUCUCUGUGGUACGGUAGCUCCCUUCGGCAUCUCGUCACCACGAGCCUGCCUCGUUGUCUCAACCUUUUACAGCACACCUCGCUGCUGGGACAGAUGGAGCUGAAGAGGCCCCUGGCCACUCUCGCAGGCGUGUACCAGGAUGUUAAAGGUCAGCGGGUGGACGAUGCGUGGAGGCAGGCUGUCGUUUUGUGGACUGAAAAACUUCUGCAGGCCUCGCCCGUUUUGCUGAAGAGCCCUCAGCUAAGGCCACUAGCGCGAGGAAGCAUGACUAUCCUCAGCCGUGCCGUGGAUUUUGCAGGCCAACACACGUACCACUGGGUGGAAAGCAAAAUGGCAGUGGCUCUUUCUGGGCUCAGGAAACAACUAGCAUCACUCUAUAAAUACUCCGCCAGUGAGUGUUCUGUGGCUGUGUCUAUAUGGUUGCCCCCCCUGCCCUGGAGCCGUGUGUCUGAAGCCGGUCUGGUGGGGAUCCUUUUAGAAGAGUGUCUUCUGAAGCCCCUGCAAAGCCUCACGUCAAUUCAACCCACUGCUGAACUUUACCGCCUCAAGAGGAGGAUCAUGGACAGCCCAUUUAUUUACCAAGCUCUGCUAGUGGCAGAUCAAUUUGUAGUAACGUUCGACGGCCAUCUUUAUGAGCUGCCAAGCCCGUGCCCAUUUCUACUGGCCCAAGAUACCAGUGCUGACCCCUCAUUCACACUUGUGCUCAAUUCAAGUCCACACAACCUCCUCCUGCUCAGGUUGAAUAAUAGCACUGUCAGCAUUCAGCGCAAUGGACAGGUGAAGGUUCAAUGCAACAACACUGUGACACACAUGUGGCGAAGCCAUGGGGGUGUCACUGUCCAUAGGGGAUCGCACAUCGUGGAGGUGUCCAAUCACAACGGCGUGUCAGUCUCAUGCGACCUGAGGAUCGAGUUGUGCAGCUUGACUCUCGACGGAUGGUCGCACGGUGCAUCGACCGGUGUGUUGGGGACCAAUGACAACGAAGCGGGCAAUGAUUCACCUUUGCGUGAUGGUUCUCAAGCUGAAAAUAUGAAGGAGUUUUUCUACAACUGGCAGAUGAACUCAGAGUGUGCGAGACCAACAGCUAACAUGGAAUUUGUAGCCACGAGUGCAGUGACAUGUGACUUUCUUUUCUCCUCGCCUGAUUCUCCUCUAAGUUCCUGUUUCAGGGUGGUGGAUCCUGGCCAGUUCUCCUCAGUUUGCGAGUCAAGCUCCUCCACGGCUCCUUGUCGAUUAGCGUCUGCUUUUGUUCAUCUGUGCCAACGCAACUACGUCCCCCUUGAGGUGCCGGUUCAGUGCGUGCAAGGUUAAAGAUGGAACAAAUUUUUGAAGAGCCAAAAUAAGACAUUCAUGACUUGUUUGCUGCUGCUGCUGCUGCUGCAACUGUUUCUACUUUUAUAGCCCUAGUUUGGGACAUUCUUCCAACUGACAGAUGCAGAAUUGUAAUGUGAAUAACUAAAAAUAGCAAUCUGUUGUUAAUAGUUCCCCCCCCCCCCCCGUGUUGUACAAACAAUGAAGAUUAUCGCUGACUUUGGUGUAAUUCAACUUUAACUUGUUUUAUUAAAUUCAGUUGUUUUUC